CUCCCACCAAUAACACGCGAGACGUUAGACAAGACCGAGACUACAGCCCGGACCUCCCCAUGCCGCCAGGAGACUCAUUAGCAGGUGAGAAGCGAAACAGUGUGUCUGGUGGCCGGAAAGGCCGCUUUGGCUGCUGCUGCUGCUGCUGCUGCUGGAGGAGAGCGGCGUGUGCGCGUGCGAGUGCGCGUUUGAUGGGGUGGGGGAAAGAUUUCGUCAGCGCGUGCGGCUAACCAGCGCCGGGGGUCCCUCCACCACUCUCCACCAUCCCCACCACCACCUCCACCACCCGGCAUCCAUUCACAGAGGCUGUUGCUGUGAACAUGUGAGGCUUGUCUUUCUGCCACUCGCGAGGAACUUGUAGCAGGCACGCCCUGCGCUACCUGUGAACCAAACGCGAAGUCCAUUGCCGCCAGGUGCCAGACUUGUCGAGAGAGCCGGGUGGCACCGGGUUGCUAGGAAGCGGCGUGGAAAGCAGAUGUGGCAGCACGAUGUAAAGCGACCAUUGAGGAGUGGAGUAGGCAUGCGGUGACGUCACAGUCAGUAUGUAUUACUCGCUGUACCACAUCUUGCUGUCCGCCAUUGUUGGGCCCGUGCUCCACAAUUUUGUGGACGCAUGCGGGCGCACACCGGCGAGAACGCAGCCACGGCCAGACACGACGCCGACAACGCCGACCCGACAGACGACGACCCCCGUCACGCCAGUCACACCAGUGGCGCGACAUCAGCAGAAAUGCACGGAGGAGGAGGUGAAGCGGGCGGCCUGCCUCCAUGGGGAAUGCUACGCCCUCGACCUGGACGGUGGCAACCGCAGUGCCUUCUGCCAGUGUCCUGAGCUGUACGAAGGAGAUCGUUGCGAAGAGCUGUCGGGAGACUUUUUCGUUCUGUAUGCCGCAGAAGUGAAGAAGGCGGGAAUAGCUGCCGGCGUGGUCAUCAUUAUCAUUAUUCUUACUAUUAUCAUCGUUUAUUGUGGCCUCAAGAGAAGGAGGCAACGGAAGAGGGCGCAGCACAUGGGCAUGGAGCGGGACGCGCAGCUCAACGGUAACGCCGCGCAGCCUCUCAUGAAGGAACACGCGCAUGUGGAUACUGAAAGAAUCGCCCUCAGCGCCAUGGAAAAGUCACCGGAGACUAACGUCUGACCGGAAGCUAUCCCCAGAACUGACCUUGACCCGGCAUUGCAGUAAUGCCUAUGAGCAAGAGGAGGAAUCACGGAGUGUUUUCCGAUUGGUGCGUUCUGCACGUCAUAGAUGAAAAAGUGAUAUGAUAACCUUUGCACUUACGAACUGUGGAUCAGACACGCAGGAUCAUAAAAAAUGUGACGCUCCAGAAGAGUUGUUUUUCCUUGCACGUAACCCCGAAGUUCACGACUGUUCAUCGCCCGAGUGUGGCGAUGUCUAUCGGGGGCAAAACACAGAAAGCAUUUUCUUUUGAAAAUUACAGAAUUUCAGGGUUCUUCAUUUUCUUUUUUUUUCUUUUUUUUUUUUUUUUGCUGGAAGUGUUGUCACGCACACCUUAUCUUAUUAUUGAUAAAAGCUGAAGAAACAUCAGGAAAAUCUUUGAAUUUUAUGUGCUUUUUUCGGUGCUGAUUUGCUGCGUCGACUACAGGAGCUGUUUAUGGAGCGAACGAUAUCAGAUACAUAUCUACUUAUCACAAAUCUCUCUUAUCACGACAUUUUACAAUCCAGUGGUAUGUUUCACGUGCAUAGAUGGAGGUUAUGUCAUGUGCAUCAUCUGUGUGGAAAAAGAGAGAAGUGUUCGUCAGAAAAUUCGCCGGAUAUUCUUUCCGUGGAAGCUCCUUACGUAUUCCAGUUCGGAAAAAAAAUCUUCCUGGCGAGAAGGAGAAUGUCCGUAGACAUGACUGUGUUACGUCCCUUUGCUCGUGAACAGCCUUUUAGUGUUUGAACUGAAGCGUGGUGGGCACUUUGCUCGGUUGACCCCCGAAGGGUCGAGGUCAUAGACAAGCCUAGAGGUGGCAGCCUUAAAGUGUCGAAUGGUGCAUGUGAUACAUCCCAACCAAAACAACAAAAAAGUAAACAAAAAAAAUAUCUCAAAAUAUGUGAGUACACUGCAGCUGUUGACCAUGGUCAGGUUAAAGUGUGGCACUUUCGAGUCAAAUUUAUGAAAUGUUUGUGAAUAUUCAUUAUGUGGUGAGUAUUCGUUAUUUGUGCGAGUCUGUUUGCGGAUGUGCAUUAUCACUGUGUUAGUGUGGGUAUGGAAGGAAGACUGAGACUUACACACGUUUUUUUUGUUUUUGGGGCGAUUUUGAGUGUACCGUAUAGCAUUUCAUCUAAGGUCUUUUGAAUACGAGCGAUGUCCACAAAGAAGAGCGAGGACAAGCCAGGGAUCGCAUUUGUGUUCCAGAGGUAUUUCUUAUUCCAGAGUU